AAAAUACACGAAAAUUCCGAAAAUAAACUUUUUAAAAUGAGAAAUUAUUCGAAUUUGAUGAGUGUUUUGAUUCUUAUGAUAAUCUUAGCAAUGACCAGGGCAGCACCAAGUGCCGCCCAAUGCAAAAAAGAGAAGAGGCUCGCCAUCAACGCAUGCAUAAGUGUGCUGUAUGGGAGACCUCCAUCAUCAAGCUGUUGCAAACGAGCUCGAGUUAGCCAUGUUAAGUGCAUAUGUCCCGUGAUCACCCCAAAGUUGGCUGCUCUAAUCAAUGUCAAUCGUUUUGUUAAACUUAUUGAAGGUUGUGGACGCAGGGUCCCUCGUCAUUUCAAAUGUGGAAGUCUUACGAUCCCAUGAAAAGGUGAUAAAUUGUUAUCAAAAGAGAGUGUACUAAAUGAUUUAUAUAAAUAUAUGAUCUAUCAUCGACGACGAACGUAUGGAUCUUGAAAGAUGGAGAGAAGAGCUUAUGAUUUUGUUAAAUGUUUUAUUCAUAUAUGUCAGGAAAAAAUGUGUAACUUAAUUUAUUUAAUUUCGUUUCGUUUCAAAUUAUAAGAUGGUUAAUUGUUUUAGAAAGCCCCAGGUUAUUUGAUGCAAUAACCUACAUGUCUAAGUAAUAAUUUGGAUAAUAAAAAUAAUCAGAUAUUUAAAGUGAUUUUCA